GUAACAUUACAAUUAUGAAGUAUCCUAAAUCAACAAUUACUACUAUCACGAAAAAAUACGCUUUAGAUACUUGCACGUUCAAUUACGAUUUUUAAACCUGGAAAGACUGAUCUGUUGUUUUCUACGAGUUUCAACAGCAUGCCAGUUUGAACUUGGGGCUAGCAGGGAUCACAUUUAAAUCGCGGUUCAUCACAGCAAUUUCACUAGAGUAAAUGGCCUGCGUGGGUAUUUGUAGUAACUACAAUAACCACCGUGCUUCUUCGAAGUCUGACAAGCCGAAUGAAAUCAUUUGUACCACAGUGGGAAUGGUAUUGUAACAACUACAACAACCGUCAUCCUUUUCGACGUUUUCCCGUUGUCGAAAGGCGGCGACAUUUGAUACGGUGUAGUGUGAUGAUGGUUAAUAACUACAAUGACCAUGAUGCUUCUCGACAGGCCAUAGACAGUCAUAUGAUACUUAUUUGAUAGGAAUAAGUUUCCCGAAACUUUGUGCCACUCUGAAGCUUUUACACUUAAGACGGAUGUGAAAGUGGUGAUUAUGAUAACCCUGAAACUUCAACGCAGCCACUUCCAGAUGCACAUAUAAGGGAUCCGGGAGACUUUUUCUUUCUCGGUACUGAACACUGAUUUAAAAAAAUCACCUGCGGUUUUCACCAUCUCGUAAGGUGUCUAUUAAUGCAUUACGAAAACGUCAGUCAAUGUGCUUCCGAGGAAAAGAAGUUUCUUCAUUUAUUUGCCUGUAGCGAAACUGUGAAUGGUGUUUGGUGGUGAGUUGCCCGGAAGACCACAAAGAGACCAUGGCAACACGCGACUAUCUUUUCAAAGUUUUGGUUAUAGGUGACAAUAACGUCGGGAAGACGGCUUUGGUCCAGAGAUACGUUAAUGACAAAUUUUCCAAACAUUACAAGGCUACUGUGGGAGUGGAUUUUGCCGUGAAGGUCUUGCAGUGGUCUGAUACCGAGACAGUGAGACUCCAGUUAUGGGAUAUUGCAGGGCAGGAACGUUUUACAUCUAUGACACGAAUAUACUACAAAGAAGCUGCUGGCUGCCUUCUUCUCUUUGAUGUGAUGAACAUGACAACAUUCAAAAAUUGUCUUUUCUGGAAGCAAGAUUUGGACAGCAAAUUAAUGAGUGCGGAUGGUCGGCCCAUUCCAUGUGUGCUUCUGGCCAGCAAGUGUGAUCUUUCUCCUUGGGAGAUGACCAAUGAAAGUAUUGAUCAGUUCAGCAAAGGGAAUGGAUUUGUCUGCUGGGUUGAUACAUCGGCCAAGGAGAACAAGAACAUUAAUGAAGCAGUGAGUAUUUUGGUCAGUAAAAUGAUGAACCGGCCUUCGCCUGAUGGUGUAUACCAAGGAGGUCAUAUACAGCUGGACAGCGUGCCAAAGGGACGUCAACAAAGUUUCUGCUGUUAAAGGACUGAGGUGUGGAGCAGAGGAAGACUAGAAGAAGUUUGUUUUAGUAAACAGACUAAAUAUCAAAUACUAUAAAAAUAGACUGCUAACAAAGGCAGCUUUCCUCAUUGUUGUUUUUUAAAACAUAUAUAGAAGUUUUCCCCUGAACAGUAUUUUACCCUCUUGGAUUGAUAAAUAGAAUGUUAACCUGAUGAUCACCCACAAUGAAACCAGAGAACAUGAAAAUUUGUGCAAUAAACAAUGCUGCCCUUUGACGAUUUGUUUUCUUCACUAUAUCAUGUUAAACUAGUUCUGCAAGGGUUGUAAACUGCUAGAAGCAGAUUUAUAAUGAAGUGUCCAUGGAGGAUGACUUCUGCUGAAGCUAAGAGGUCCAUUACUUUUUGCAAUAUAAAUCCUCAAAAAUUACUGAGUGAAAACUUCUUAGGGUGUAUUGGAUAUCUUGAAAAAGCUACAACCACCAGUGAAAGGUAGAA